AUGAGGGGCUUUCUUCAAGAGCAGUCUGUACUGACUGCUACCGGCGGCGAAAGUCCGUCGUAUUUCCCUCUUCCAAAGGCUCUCUCACGACAGCCUCUAUGUGGUGAUUCAGAAGGCUGGGGUCCGGUCAGCUCGUUGCGAUGGGAUCUUACACCUUGCUUUCUUGACGUUUGGGUCCUCGGUGUUGCCAUCGGGGGGGCGCUGUUCGGUGUUGGGGCGCUAUGGUACAUACUCAAGAAACGGGUAGCUCAAGAUGUCCCCAAGAACUGGCACUUCUACGCCAAGCUAGUCGUACUUACUGGCGUGGUCCUCUCGACCGUCCUCCAACUUGUCUUCCAAAUACACGAACUGCCGGGAAUAUGGUACCAGGAUAUAAGAUUUUACACAUCCGUCGCUACAAUUACCUCACUCCUUAUAAUAUUCUCUAUACAAUACCAUGAGCAUUGGAGGUCGAGAAACCCAAAUGGCGUCGUAUUAUUCUACUGGGUCUUUUUCAUUUUGGCGUAUGCAGUCAAACUGCGUUCCCUAGUUGCUCGCGGCGCCGAGAGGAGCCAACUCCCAUACUUCAUCGCCUUCAAUGUCAGCUUUGGUCUCGCAAUAUUGGAGUUUGUGUUGGAGUACUUUGUGCCGAAGAAGCAAAGCGCAUAUGACGCCUUGGGAGCUGAGGACGAAUGCCCUUACGAAUAUGCCGAUGUUUUCUCAGUCCUGACCUUCAGUUGGAUGACCCCACUGAUGAAGUUUGGUUAUGAAAAUUACUUGACCCAGGAUGAUUUGUGGAAUCUACGCCCGCGGGACAGUACCAAGGUCACGGGCGAUUUAUUGCAGCAGGCAUGGGAAGUUGAACUCGAAAAGAAGAAACCCAAUUUGUGGAUAGCCUUAGCCAGGGCAUUUGGAGGACCCUACAUCCGUGGAGCCUUCAUCAAGACCAUCAGCGAUGCGCUUUUAUUCGUCCAGCCUCAACUACUUCGACUUCUCAUUCGUUUCGUGGAUUCUUACCGUCCCGGACGAGAACGAGAACCAGCAAUCCGUGGCAUUGCCAUUGCACUGGCCAUGUUUGCAACCUCAAUUUGCCAAACUGCUGCACUCCAUCAAUACUUUCAGCGGGCUUUUGAGACUGGUAUGAGAAUCAAAUCAUCUUUGACUGCAAUGAUAUACGCCAAAUCCCUUCGUUUGUCAAAUGAGUCCCGUGCGACCAAAUCCACCGGCGACAUCGUUACUUACAUGAGUGUCGACCAGCAACGCCUCGCUGAUCUGGCGCAAUGGGGCCAACAGCUUUGGUCGGCACCGUUCCAGAUCACUCUCUGCAUGGUGUCUCUUUACAAACUGGUUGGGGUAUCUUGCUUUGCAGGCGUUGCCGCAAUGAUCAUCAUGAUUCCGGUCAACGGUUUCAUUGCCAGAUUCAUGAAGAAGCUUCAGCUGUCACAGAUGAAAUAUAAAGACAGACGUUCUCGUUUGAUGACCGAAAUUCUGAACAACAUGAAAAGCAUCAAGCUAUACGCUUGGGGCUCAGCCUUCAUGGAAAAGCUAAGCCACGUGCGCAAUGAUCUGGAGUUGAACAAUCUUCGGAAAAUCGGAGCCGCUCAGGCUUUCUCAACUUUCACGUGGUCAUCAACGCCCUUCUUCGUCUCGUGUUCGACAUUCGCCGUCUUCGUACUGGUCAAUAACAGGCCUCUCACCACGGAGCUAGUAUUUCCGGCAUUGACACUAUUCAACCUGCUGACUUUCCCGCUCACUGUCUUGCCAAUGGUGAUAACUAGCAUCAUCGAGGCGACUGUGGCCGUGAAGAGAUUGACAGAUUUCUUCACCGCUGACGAGCUACAGGAAGAUGCAGUCAGGUUCAUUGACGAACCACCAAAACGAUCCGGAGAAUCCUCAGUCUCCAUUUCAGAGGCCAGUUUCACAUGGAACAAAAACGAGGACAGAACUGUUUUGCGGAAUAUCAAUUUCAAUGCCAAUAAGGGAGAACUUACAUGUGUGGUUGGACGUGUCGGAGCCGGCAAAUCGUCGCUCUUGCAAGCACUCCUGGGAGACCUAUGGAAAAUUAGUGGCGAAACAGUCGUCCGAGGCCGCAUUGCCUAUGCUGCACAAUCAGCAUGGAUCAUGAAUGCAAGCGUGAAGGACAACAUAACCUUCGGCCACAGGUGGGAUCCUCACUUCUACAAUCAGACUGUCCACGCAUGUGCUCUUAUCGCCGACUUCAAACAGCUACCCGACAGCGAUCAAACCGAAGUAGGGGAGCGGGGAAUCUCAUUGUCUGGGGGUCAGAAGGCUCGAUUGGCAUUAGCACGAGCGGUGUAUGCCAGAGCCGAUGUCUAUAUCCUAGACGAUGUCCUGUCAGCCGUCGAUGCUCAUGUUGGGCGGCAUUUGAUCAACAAUGUUCUCGGCCCAAAUGGCCUGCUGAAUGGCAAGACUAGAAUUCUAGCGACAAACUCCAUUCCUGUCCUCAAAGAGGCUGACUAUAUGUACUUCCUCCGUGAAGGCGCGAUUUCCGAGAAGGGCACAUAUCGGCAAUUGAUGGCAAUGAGAGGAGAUGUUGCCAGUAUGAUUAAGACAUCCACGAGCGAUGAGGAUCAAGAAUCGGAAGGCGAACGGAGCCCUAGCAUUGAAGGAAUGGAAUCAGAUGAGUCUGCAACCAUCGUGGCUAAUGGAGUGCAAGAUGAGCUGGAUUCCGAAGAAGCCGACGAAGCACGCCAAGAGAUCGGUGGUCUAGAACCCAUUCGUGCUGGUGCAUUUACGGCGCGCAAAACAAGCUUUAAUACAUUGCGACGUGCAUCAACUGCUAGUUUCCAUGGUCCAAUGGGCCAUGUAACCGACGAAGAGGCCGGUCUCAAAUCUAAACAAACCAAGGAAACUUCGGAACAGGGCAAGGUCAAGUGGUCAGUGUAUACAAGCUAUGCGAAGGAGAGCAACCUGGUCGCAGUGUGCUUCUACUUCUUCGCCCUUCUUGCAGCUCAGACAGUCCAGGUCGCCGGCAACUUUUGGUUGAAGCGCUGGUCUGAGAUCAAUGAGCUUUUUGGCGCUAACCCGUCAGUGGGAAAGUAUAUUGGUAUCUACUUUGCACUCGGUAUAGGAGGCUCAGCCCUGGUCGUUGUUCAGACUCUCCUUCUCUGGAUCUUCUGCUCGAUAGAGGCUUCAAGAAAACUUCAUGACCGAAUGGCUUAUGCCAUAUUUCGCUCUCCGAUGAGCUUCUUCGAUACUACCCCGAUAGGCAGAGUACUCAACAGGUUCAGUUCCGAUAUUUACCGGGUAGACGAAGUCAUCGCUCGAACAUUCAAUAUGCUUUUCGUCAACGCCAGCCGGGCAUUGUUUACCAUUGGUGUCAUUGCAGCCUCGACGCCCCUCUUCCUAGUCCUUGUCAUUCCUCUGGGCGCCGUGUACCUUGUCUACCAGAGAUAUUAUCUCAGGACUUCUCGAGAAUUGAAAAGGCUUGACAGCGUCAGUCGCAGCCCCAUUUACGCACAUUUCCAGGAAUCACUGGGUGGCGUUUCAACCAUUCGUGCUUAUCGACAGUCGAAUAGGUUCAUUCAAGAGAACGAAUGGCGGAUGGAUGCCAAUCUCCGAGCCUAUUUCCCUUCAAUAAGUGCCAAUAGGUGGUUGGCAGUCCGCUUAGAGUUCAUUGGCUCUGUCAUCAUCCUCGCGGCUGCUGUUUUCGCUAUAAUUUCCGUGACAACUGGCAGUGGAUUGACGGCAGGCAUGGUCGGUCUUGCGAUGUCAUAUGCCUUGCAGAUUACGCAAUCUUUGAACUGGAUUGUGCGCCAAACCGUGGAAGUCGAGACCAACAUCGUUUCUGUGGAGCGUGUGCUUGAGUACGCCGAACUGCCUAGCGAAGCCCCCGAGGUCUUGUUCAAGAGUCGUCCCAGUAUCGGUUGGCCAGCUCAUGGUCAAAUCACCUUCAAUGAUUACACGACAAAGUAUCGGGAAGGUUUGGACCCAGUUUUGAAGAACAUCAAUCUGAGCAUCAAAGCCCGAGAAAAGGUCGGCGUCGUAGGUCGAACAGGAGCUGGAAAAAGUUCUCUGACACUUGCACUAUUUCGUAUAAUUGAACCUACAUCGGGUAAUAUAAGCAUUGAUGGGCUUAAUACGUCAACAAUUGGGCUAUUGGACUUGCGAAGACGCCUGGCAAUCAUACCACAAGAUGCAGCCCUCUUUGAAGGGACUAUUCGUGACAACUUGGACCCCCGCCAUGUGCACGAUGAUACCGAACUAUGGAGUGUACUUGAGCAUGCUCGGCUGAAGGACUACGUCUCGGAGCUUCCUGGUCAAUUGGAUGCAGCGGUCCAUGAAGGCGGUUCUAAUUUGAGCCAUGGGCAACGUCAACUUGUAUCUCUGGCCCGCGCCUUACUGACCCCCAGCAACAUCCUGGUUCUUGACGAAGCUACAGCGGGCAUAGACGUCGCCACCGAUCGGAUGGUUCAAGCCACACUUCGCAGCAAUGUCUUCGAUAACCGCACCAUCAUCACAAUCGCACACCGUAUAAAUACUAUUAUCGACUCCGAUAAAGUCGUCGUCUUGGAGCAGGGUCGAGCUGUCGAGUUUGACACACCAAAAGAGCUGAUUAAGAAGAGAGGUCUUUUCUACGAGCUUGUCCGUGAAGCCGGACUACUUGAUAGUUUUGAGAGUUGA